GUCAUCGGUCUAACUACGUAGGUUAUACUUCCCGCGAAGAUUCGAAUAAGAGGAGAGUCGAAGACAAGUGCAUCUUAUGUGCAUCUUGGUUGUCAGAAAGUGUCAAUGACGCUCCUCUGGCUAUGGGCUACUAUUUUGUUGUCAAUAAGACAGCCUGGACUCUAUUUGUGAUAGUGUAUAUUAGUGUUAUUGUUGCUGAUUCUGAAGAUCCCUUAAUAAAUAGUUUGGGGCUCGAUUUACCUGAUUUGCCCAAGAUUAAUAUUAGCUUGGACGAAUAUGAACGUGUUGUAACAGCAUAUUUAAGUGAAAAAGACGACUCGUAUGAGCCAGUUCCAGAACUGAGAGUAUAUAGACUUAAUAAUUUGCCAAGACAAGACGCUAGUCACUCCCCUAAAAUGAUAUUCCCAAUUAAGAUGUCUUCAGAGACAGUUGAAAGCGCUCUUUUAAGACUACUGCUACCUCCUCAAAAUGAUUUUCCUGAUAUUAUCGAAGUAGAAGUAUAUCAAAUUCUUGGUGUAAGAAGAAGACGAUUGUUAAACGAAGCAACAUUUUAUCUUUCUAAGCGUUUCAGCAAGUGGUGUGAGAUUGACAUAACGGACGCUCUUUCUACAUUAUCUGCAAAAAAUCAUUUAGGACUAGAAUUGGUUUGUAAGGAAUGUACCAAUAAUUUAAAUCCAGAGGUAGCUGCUGUUACCGCGUUUGUCCAUACAGUUGAAAAAAGAAAGAAAAGGUCGACAGGAAUUGUAGGGCGUACGGAUUGCAGCUUAAGGCCAACAAAAACAAAAAAGAGAAGAUGUUGCAGACAUGAAAUGACCGUUUCUUUUACAAAAUUAGGGCAUAAAUUCUUAGAGUCAAGAGUAGUAGAUCCAAAGACUUAUGAAGCAGGGUAUUGUAGAGGGUUGUGCCCACCUAAUUUUAAUUUUGCCACCAAUCACUCGCGGAUUCAAGGAAUUAUGCAUCAGCUAUGGAAACAGGAAUCUGUCAAUGCAAAAAAUGUAAAUGAUCACAAUGCUCACCAAAUUCCUAAAAGUUGCUGUGCCCCUUCUAAGUUAGGAGAUUUACAAAUAUUAGUAGUUAGCAAAAUAGAUCCAUCAAAAUUGGAGGUGCUAACUUGGAAAAACAUGAGGGUUCUUGAAUGCGCAUGUUUUUAAGAUAUUAAGGCUAGUUCAUUAUUAAUAUUGGAUAAAAUUAGGUAAAAACAAUAGGUGGGUUCUUGAGGUGAUAAUUUUAGAUUGGGUUUACUAUUACAAUUGACAAUUAAUCUUUUGGCCUAUUGUAGUAUAAUUUUCGGAAAUUCGGGUUCGUUUAUUUAUAAAAAAGAUUGUCCAAGUACGGCGUGUAAUUCUAGACACCGACUUAAAUGUUUUAGGACUGAAAGUUUUUACAAGCAUAGUAGGUGAUAUUAUUAUACAGAUUAUUUUAAAAAUACUAGCCACUUAAAAUUUAAAACAAAAUAAAAUCAAGUUUAUUGAAAAGCAUUUUAAACAUUUAAUAAUGGGAAUUGAAAUGUCAAUACUAUUAUUUUAUAAUAAACUAUCCUUAUUAUCAUGGAUAAAAUUAAACUGCAGUUAACUUUUAUACGUUAACUUUUGUUGCAAUAUAUUUGACCUGAAUUACAAAAACUUAAUUGAA